AUGCAAAAUUGGGGAGAUAUUUGGUCGCUCGGAACCAAUGGUGUAAAUUCCGACAACGAAAACGUCCCGAACGCGAACGCCGCGAGUGCGAAUUCGAACGAGCGCGCCGGCGACUCAGCACACCACGCUACCCCGCUCGGACCUCAGACAUUACCGUUGUUCGAUAUCGACGCCCUCACUUCCGUACGGUUACCCGGGUUUUGGCGACGCUCGCCCCAACGGUGGUUCACGCACGUGGAAGCGCUGUUCCACAGCCACCGCGUGAGAUCUGACCUGUCGCGCGUGAACCACGUGCUCACUUCGCUGGACGACGAUGGAAUUCAUGUAGUCGAAGAUCUACUCGGUGUCGACGUUAAGUACUCCGCAGUUAAGAGCCGACUCAUCGCCGCCUACGACGUCCCACAAGCCACGCGGUUUCGUUCGAUCAUUCAACACGGAGGUAUGGGCGACCGACGCCCGUCACAAAUGUUACGCGACAUACGUAGCGCGUUGCCGAGUGGAAUCGACGAAUCGAAGUUAAAAGAGUUUUGGCUGCAAAAACUCCCGCCCACCAUUCUCACUGUCAUUUCCGGUCUUGACGGCUCGCUGGAGUCUCUAGCCGAACGAGCCGACCGAGUCGCGGAUGCAAGCGCCGGUCAUGAUUUGUCCGCCGUAGCGCGCGAACCCGACCGCAUGCAAUCCAUGGAGAACGCGAUAACGGCACUGACCGCGCAGAUCGCCGCACUAGUUUCGGCACAGUCAACUCAAAACCGACCCUCUCGCAACCAGGACAGACCGCGAUCAAAAUCGCGUAAUCGCUCCAAGUCCCGAACACAGAACGACGAUUGGUGUUUCUAUCACAAUAUGUACGGAGCCGACGCGCGGAACUGCCGCGAUCCCUGUGCAUACAAGUCGGAAAACUGA